UUUGCUCACAGUGCUUCAAGGCAAAUUACAUACAAAGCUGUGUAUGCUGCAAUUAAUGACGGUGAAGAGCCACUCAAAAUUGUAAAGGCGUGUGCAACAAGAUGGAUAUCCGUGGAACCUGCUGUGCGGAGAAUACUAGAACAGUGGCUGGAAUUAAAAACUCUCUUUGGAGUAGUACGGGAAACGGAACGCUGUUUUAUGGCAGAGGAGCUCUACCGUCUCUACUGUGACCCCCAGAGCAGGCCAUUUAUGCUAUACGUCAGGAAUACGCUAUCAGAAGUACAAGCAGUGAACAAAACUUUUCAGGCUAAAACAGCUGACCCGACUCUGCUGAACGAUGGACUUGAACGUCUUGUUAGUUCACUUGGCCCGAAGUGUGACAUCUCCCGACACAAAUGUGGACUUUUUAACAGAGGACAUUACACCAUACCUGGAUUUUCAACCACGACUUGGAUACGAGGUAGAAAGAGCCAUGAGAGAAGAGACGGUGCCAGAAGCAGCGGAAACUGCAAUCAGAGAUUGAGAAAAUUUACCGUUCUCCUUCUUGAAGAAAUAAAACACCGCUUACCAGAGAAUUUUGCGAUAUUAAAGAAAGUCAACACACUAUCAGCUCGUCAUGCUCUGACUCCCUCAAAACCUUCAAUUGUUGAGCUGGCUGAGGCAUUUGUGACCUCUGCAGAAGAAAUUGGGAAAAUUGAGAGACAAUGGCAAAACCUUCCCUAUGUACACUGGCAAAAUGUGGACAAUACAGAGAAACUGUGGACUGAAGUGCACUUGUACAGAGACGCAGCAGGUGACAAUCCGUUUAAAGAGCUGUGUAACCUAGCUCUGACAGUGCUGGCACUCCCACACAGUAAUGCAGACGUGGAGAGAGUCUUCAGUCAGUUAAACAUUGUUAAAAACAAACUCCGGAAUCGUCUGUCUCUCGGAACUGUGAACUCCAUCCUUCACAUAAGAUAUGGACUUUUGGUUUGCGGCAAAUCUUGUUGGGAUUACAGACUUCCACGUGAUGUAAUUCAGAAGGUUGGGACAAUGACAUCAUAUGAGAAGGAGAAGGAUGAUCCCAAUGAAGAUGUUCUUUGCCUGUUUUAAGAUGAGUGGGAUGGUUGUGAAGGUUCAGGAUAAGUUUCGUCACCCAGACUGUUUCGUGUGUGCAGACUGUGAGGAAAACCAAAGGCAGAAAUGAUACUACUUCAUAGAUGAUGAGCAGUACUGUGAAAUGUGUGCUCGCAUGCUGUAUUUUGCACUUACUUUGUAGUAACAGAGUGUUGACUGAAAUAAGUUUGUAUGAAUAAAGUUUUUGUUUUUGGAGAAUCAUCUCUUUAUCUGUUGUAUUUGAGCAGGACAGGGAUACACUUUGGUGACACAUGAAACAAAACCUCAACAUUACGUGUCUUUUGUGUCUAUCAUUUCCAUCAUGUUCUAUGUGCUUGCAGAUCACAAGCAUUUCCUAAUUUCACUUCAAUUUUUUAUUACACUUAAUAUUUUAUGUUGUUAUAUUGUCAUCAUUUGUAAAGUGUAUAUACACCAUAUAUUUAUAUAUAUAUAUACUUUCCCUUACCAAAUUUACCUGUAUUUACUUUUCAUAUUUGGCGACUUUUUGUGAAAAAUUGAGACUUUUGAGGGUGGUUCUAGAGAUUUUCUGAGGGAGGGGUUUGGCAACACUGAUUAACAGUACCACGCAGUUUGGAACACAUUGUUGAGACAGAAUGUUUGCCGCGAGUGGUUGCUAUGUCAUCAUACCUACAUUUACCUUAUUGAAUUUGUCUAAGGUUGUGUUAUAUAUUAUGUCUGAUGCAUGUUGAAAGAAAACAAGUGAAACAAGACGCUGUAUGUAGAAAGUGUUUAUUGUUAAAUAUGGUCAGAGCAGCUUUGGAUUUGAGCGAGACAGACCAAAGAACUGAGAGUGUGUGUUUGUGUGGCAUUGAUCCCUGUCCUGUCUUUAAUAAACUGCAGACGUGGUCCACCGAAGCCAGUGGUGUCGUGGAGUUCUUUGUAGCGAGAGGCGAAGUCCACUACAGUGUUCAUACAUGACUAACAACUCAUUUACAAAUGCAUUAUAAAUCACUGAUAAGCAGUUAUAAAUGCAUGAAUAAAAAGGUGAUUUUAAUUAAAUACCUUCCAAACAGUGAGCAAUUUUUAA